GAUGAUUAUCGUCAGCUGGUUACACUGCCCCGAAUUCGCAUUUGUUUUUAUUGGCGUUGCGCGCGUUUUUAACACCAAUUCGUCUUAAAUUGUUUUGUUAACUAUUGUUAUUUUCGUUAUUUAUAGUUGUUUGAAUGAACAGCAAAGCGUCAUGUCGAGGAAAGCCGCGGCGCCUAAGAAACAGCUCACCCUCAGCAGCUUCAUUGGCCUGGAUAACACCCAAGACUCCCAGAGCCAAACAAAAAAAGUGACCAAUGCGAGAAGCAAGCCCAGCGCUAUCUACAAUCCCAUAUUUCUAGACUCCUCUUCAUCCGAUGAGGAAGCUUCCCGGAAAACUAGGCAGCCGUCUGCGAAGGAGAGCAUCUACAUUAAAAAAUACACUUUCUCCAGCCUAUCCCAAUCACCCUUGGCUCCUGCCAAAAUAGUGGAAGAUACUACGAAGAAUCUGCCUCAAACUAUAAAGCAAACUGCCAACCGGUUCGAGGAUAGUCCCAAAAAGGGGCAGAAACACUCAGUACUGACUCUGCCAGAUUCCCCGCCAGCUGCAGAUACUGCCGAGAAAUCAAAAAAGGACGUUUUCAAAGAAUCUUCCAAGAGCGAACAGCGGCACACCUAUCGAGGCCUUUCCGAAUCUCCUAUCCUUAGUGAUUCGCCCGUAAAACCAAUUCAAUAUACGACAAAACGAAUCAUAAAAUCAAAGAGUAUAUUUUUAGAGGAUUCGCCUGUAAAGCUCAAUGAUUCUGUUGAUAUAAAACCUAAUUUUGUAGAUCUAGCGUCUAGAAAACUUAAAACUAAAGUGCAACUCCCUGGCACCCCGCCUAAAACCAAUCAUUUGAUGAAAUUGGAGAGUGUUGUUAUUGAUGAUUCGCCUCAGAAGAACCAAACUGGACACUCAUAUUAUUCGGGUCAUAAGCUUGGAUCCAGCCAGGACAAUAAUGUUAAGAGCACUUCUUUGUCUUCCAGCUAUCCGGAAACAUCCGUCCCUUUGGAAAUGAAAGCAGUCCCUUUGAAGCCCAGGCUGAGUGUGGCCUUUGACAAUUCUCUGGCGGAUUACCUGCGCGACUUGGCCCAAAACGAUAACUUCAGUAUGGAUCCGAACAAGCAAAGCAUGGGGGCAUUAAAGAAUUCACUGGAAUUCUUUCGCAAUACUUACGUUGAGCUCAUGGAGAAGUACUGCUCUCUGAUAGACCAAAUUCCAGCCAUGCACUUCAAUGAGAUUUCUGGCUUUCAGCCAAACACUUUUCUUAAGCUGAAAGUUAUGCGACAGAAGUUUAAGGCUAGAACGCAACUGCUUCAAAAAACAAUGGACAGAAACCACAGCAGGGAAAAGGAGGAACAGGAUGCGCUUGAGCUCGAAGAGAUGGAGAUGCAGGAGGAAAAAACGCGGCUAUCUAAGCAGGAUAAUUUGGUAGGCAAAUCUCAGGCAACACCAAGCCCUGUAUCAGCAAAUGUAAGCGAGGAGAAGCCACCUAACCGAAAGGCUUUAAUGCAGAAUUUCUGCGGUGAUCCAGAUGACCUUUUUCCUCCAAUGGAUGAAACUGAAUCGACUCUGCCUUCCAAGCCGCCCAAUAGGAAGUCUUUGCUACAAGAUCUGUGUGGGGAUCCAGAAGAUUGUUUGCCACCUGAAGAGUUUGAGGAUUCGCCUAUGCCCUCCAAGCCGCCCAACCGCAAGAAUUUACUUCAAGAUCUGUGCGGAGAACCAGACGAUGAUGUGCCUUCGAAAAAGCGAGAUGAUCCGCAUUUACUGCGCAAACGCGAAGAACUCAUCCACGAUCUGUGCGAGGAGCCAGAUGAUUACUUGGCUCGAAGUAUGAUGCUGGACGGCGACCUGGAGGAAGAGAACAUGAUCCCGCCCACGCAAUCGGUAGACGAGGAUGAUGAUGAUUUGGAGGGUUUAUUGGCAGAAAUAGAAAACGAGCACCAAGAAAUGCAGGGUCGAAAGUCUAUGUAUAAUUCCUACGGUUAUAAGGACUUUGAGAAUGUGAAAGUUAAGGAACCGCCCAACGAGACGUCGGCGGCGAUUGAUGAUGAUGGCUUUCCUGAAUACGAUGAGGCUAUGUUCGAGCAAAUGCACUCCCAAGCAGCAGCUAGGUCAAGUGAAUUGCCGAGCUCCAGUAAGGCGAGCAGUAGUCUGUCAACGUUGCCGCCAGUCAAGACAGCUGCCAAGGAUGACAAGAAAUUGUUUGGAAACUUUCACUCGAACGUUCAUAAUGAUGGAAUCACCGGGGAGUUUGAUGGCCUUAACUUUGAGCACUCCACCCGCCUUAUGCACGGCCUCAGUUACAGCUUUGGUCUGAAGAGCUUUCGACCCAAUCAGCUUCAGGUGAUCAAUGCCUCGUUGUUGGGAAAUGAUUGCUUUGUACUGAUGCCCACCGGAGGAGGCAAAUCCCUGUGCUACCAGUUGCCAGCCAUUUUGACCGAGGGCGUGACAAUUGUGAUCAGUCCCCUCAAAUCUCUUAUAUUUGAUCAGACCAAUAAGCUGGCCUCAUUGGAUAUCUGUGCUAAGAGUUUGUCAGGUGAGCAGAAACUCGCCGAUGCCAUGGCCAUUUACAGGGAUUUGGAGGCCCAGCCCCCAAUGGUUAAGCUACUCUACGUGACACCCGAAAAGAUAAGCAGUUCGGCUAGAUUCCAAGACACACUGGACACUCUAAACGCCAACAACUAUAUUAGCCGCUUUGUGAUAGAUGAGGCUCACUGUGUCUCCCAGUGGGGCCAUGACUUCAGGCCGGAUUACAAGAAGCUUGGAAUCCUGAAGAAGCGUUUCCCCAACGUACCCACAAUUGCACUCACAGCUACUGCCACUCCUCGAGUGCGAUUGGAUAUUCUGGCGCAGUUGAAUCUGAAGCACUGCAAAUGGUUCCUGUCCAGCUUCAACCGCAGCAACCUUCGCUAUAAGGUGAUGCCCAAAAAGGGCGCUUCCACCCUGGACGACAUCAGUGGAUACAUAAGGUCCAAGCCGGCGCACUCGAGUGGAAUCAUCUAUUGCCUGUCACGGAAGGAGUGCGAUGAUGUGGCCAAAAAGAUGUGCAAGGACGGGGUAAGAGCGGUGGCCUAUCAUGCCGGACUAACGGACAAUGAGCGGGAAACACGUCAAAAGGACUGGCUAACUGGUAAGCUGCGAGUAAUCUGCGCUACAAUCGCCUUUGGAAUGGGAAUCGACAAGCCGGACGUCCGCUUCGUCUUGCACUAUUCGCUGCCCAAGUCCAUCGAGGGUUUUUACCAGGAGGCGGGUCGAGCGGGUCGAGACGGAGAGGUUGCUGAUUGCAUUUUGUACUACAACUAUGCCGAUAUGCUUAGGAUCAAGAAAAUGCUAGACGCCGAUAAAGCCCUGCAGUAUAAUGUGAAAAAGAUGCACAUUGAUAAUUUAAAUCGGAUUGUCGGAUAUUGCGAGAAUCUGAUGGAUUGCCGGAGAGCCCAGCAGCUGGACUACUUCGGAGAGCACUUCACCAGCGAACAGUGCUUGGAGAACAGGCAAACAGCUUGUGACAAUUGCAUAAACAAGAAGGCCUACAGGUCGGUGGAUGCCCUGGAGUUUGCUAGGAAGGCGGCUCGGUGUGUUAAGGAUCUUUGUAGCGGCAGAUCCCGUUUCACCUUGCUGCACAUUGCCGAUGUUCUUAAGGGUUCAAAGAUUAAGAAGAUAGUGGACUUCAACCAUCACAAUUCACCGCAUCAUGGCGCUCUAAAGGAUUGGGACAAGAACGAUAUACAAAGACUGCUGCGGAAAAUGAUCAUUGACGGAUUUCUAAGAGAGGACUUAAUAUUUACUAAUGAUUACCCUCAAGCCUAUUUGUUUUUGGGUCACAGCAUCAGCAAACUGAUGGAGGGAACGCCUUCCUUCGAUUUCGUGGUAACCAAAAAGGAGAGUAAGGCAUCGGUGGCUACCGUUUCGGAUGCAGGAGCUUCUGGAAGCAGUGACGGAAAGCCCGGCAUGCGAGAGAUUCAUGAGCGCUGCUACACAGACCUUUUGGAUCUCUGUCGAACGAUUGCCAGCCAGAGGAAUGUGACCAUGGCCAGUAUUAUGAACAUUCAGGCAUUGAAGAGCAUGGCUGAGACUCUUCCUACCAGCGAGAAGGACAUGUGCAGCAUUCCGCACGUGACCAGGGCGAACUACGACAAGUACGGUGCCAAGCUGCUCGAGAUUACCAGCAAUUACGCGUCAGAGAAGCUGCUCAUGCAGGCCGUGCUGGAUGAGGAGGAGGAACAGGCGAAAGCAGCCAAAUCAAAGCCGCAGUCGUCCGGUUGGAACAGCCACAACGACAGCACUGAUUGGGACAGAGCCGUUGCCUCUCAGGGCAACACGAGCAACAGCGGAUUUAAUAACUACCGUGCCGGAAAACGGAAAAAGAUUUUUAAAGCUGGGGCUAGCAAAAGAUACAAGUCUGCGGCGUCCCCGGCGGCCAAGAAGACCAGUUCGGCUAGAGGCGGUCGUGGUGCUAGGGCGGGAAGUAAGCGUGGCGGCGCCGCUGGAGCCUCAUCCUCCUCCUCCUCCUCUGGAUGGCAAACUAAGAAAACAGGGAGCAGUUUUGGCUUCGAUCUGAUGCCGCUUCCAGGGUCAAAAUAGCAUUUAAGCUGGGUGAGAAGGAUCCUUUGCUCUUUUGAAUACAGAUUUCUUGUUAUUUUCAGUUUUUUUUUCCUUAAAAGUUAAAAACCAGAAACCGCUCAAAGAGAUUGAUAUUAAAAAAAAAAUAAACAUACAUAAACAAAUGGCUUGGAUAGCUCGGAUAAAUUUACACAUUUUGUAAUUUAUUUUGAAAACAUUACUUUCAGAUUUGGAUUACUGUCCAAUUUUACUCAAGCAACUGUUCUACAAAAGUGAAAUAGCUAAGCAAUGCUUAAAAAACUAAUAGAAUUUAAGCUUACACUAGAAUUUGUUACAUAAACUUUCAUUUUGUUUAACAACAACAACCUCAUAAAAAAAACAAACGGAUCCAACUUUGGCCAUUAACAUUGUACGUCAUUGGUGUCUC